AUGACCAGCCCACCAACGACGGGAUCCAUCCCUCUCCAGGAGUUCAGGAGAGACAUCCCUCCAGGGUGGACUCCAGGCGAUUCCGCCUACCCAUUGCACCUCUACUUCGCAAAGUUGAAGCUUUGGUACCGCAUCUGCAACUUGGAUGACGAGAUCAUUGGGCCUCUCAUUGCAGGCAGACUUUAUGGCCGCGCUGCAAAGAUUGCCCUGAAUCUACGGGUACCUCGACCAGACGGUGGCUUCGACACCGGCGAUGCUGCUCUCGCUCGGUUGAGCGUUGAUGAGACCGUGGAUGACAUCAAGCUGCAGAUUGGGGGCGACUACACGCGCUUUCAAGAAGCUCGUGCACUGGCUUUGAGAUUGAGCCCCAAUCGCAAUGACGACACCACGGAGAUCUUCUAUGGCGACCACAACGAGGAGGAGAACUACGACCUGGACUAUUGGUACGGCGACCAUGAUGAUGAUGGCUGGUGGCAGUACUAUGAUGCUGACGAUGGCUGGUACGAUUAUGAUGACUCAGCUGGCAUCUGGUAUGACUGCUACGAGGAUGACCAAUGGUAUGAGGAGGACUAUGGGGAAGCCUCCAACGAAGAGGUGCAGCAGAUGCCGACCACCGACAAGAACGAGGAGAAGAACGAAGAUGAUGCAGCCUACUACAAGGGCAAAGGCAAGGACAAUGACGGAAAAGGCAAGAAGGGCAAGAGCUCGAAAGGCAAAGGCUAUGGAAAGCGAUCAUGGUAUGCUUCCACUUCGAGUGCAACUACCUCCACCAACUUCAACGGCUAUGGAGAGACCUACAAGAAGGACCCUUCAAAAGGGCUUGACAUUGGCGCAGGAGUUCCCAACUCAAACACCUCACUUCCAAAGCCUGGCAACUCUCCCAAGGAGUACAACAUCCAUGGGCUUUCAGAGGACGAGGAGAUCAUCAAGCUUGGACGUGUGGAGCGCACCAGAUCGAGCUCUACCAGUGAAGAGUUGGCUGAGGACGACAAGAAGGAGAAGAAAGACAAGAAGCAUGCCACGGCUUUCUCUUUUGUCUCGAGCUUCUACGACACCCACGAGUACUUUGUGGUUCGUGGCCAGAAGAGACAGGGAUUGAUUGUGGAUCCUGGAGCUGCCUCCGGACUCAUUGGGUCUGAAACCCUCAGGGAGCUUCUCAACAACUGCGUGGAGCCCGACACCUUGCACACCAGGCAGCCUAUGCCCUGCUCUCAUUGGCAACCCUUCUUUGCGACGUAUGAGCAGUGUCUCUUCUGCAACUACUUUGAAGAUGGCGAUGGAUUGCUCACCGUCGACAUGGAUGCCGACAACCACAAUGACCAGGAGAUUUCCAAGGUCAAGCUCUUCCGGCUUUUGCUGACGGAGUCAGGCCACUACCUGUUGCCGACAGACGAGCCGACCAAGCACAAGUUGCGCGAUGGCAUCAAGCAGGAUGUGACGGCGUUCUUCAACAAGGUAGCAACACAAGCCACUCAGCUAUGGCAAGAUGUCUGCCCAAGAAUGAAGCAUUGCUUCCUUUCAUCACGGCCUGCUCAGACGGAAGGCGACCGGGGUGAACAAGAGAAGGCAUGCACCACUGCAACAGAGAACAACAAGGAUGACACUCCGCUGCAGACAUCCUCCACUUCAACUUCCGAUGCAGCUGAUGGCAACACUGAUGAGCGGAAAGAGAACGAGCAGGAGGAGAAUGACGUCAAGCACAGCAACUAUGAAAAUGUUUCACUUCAAGGCAUUUUGCCUGGCGCGGAUGCGCCCAGUGCUCAGUUGGAGCACCACGUACAGAACGACAAGGAGCUGACUAAGCCCUGCGACACUUUUGAGAAGGGAUUUCAACAGUUUCACUCCGAGGAUGACUUUCCGCAGUACAAGGAGGACAUCCUACCGAAUGACAUGGACCAGGCAAAGCUCCGAAAGCGCUAUCGCGCCAUCCCAGAGGAGUACUACACCAAAUCAGGUUUGAGGCCAAUCACACCCAACAACUUCCAGAAAUGGUUUUCUCGAGCCAAAGGACGUGGUCUGAAAUGGCACUUCUGGGAAGUUUGCAGUGGCAGUGGAAGACUAUCCCUCACUUUGCUCCUGGCCGGCUUGGUGAUUGGAUUUCCAGUGGAUGCCCGAUAUGGUUGGAACCUUCGCAACAGCAACCACCAACACAUGCUUGACAUGGCACGUCAAGAAUUCCAACCUGGUGUCAUCCACCACUCUCCAGAUUGUGGACCAUGGUCAGUCUCUGCCAACACCAAGGACCCCGAGACCAAGCACUGUGAACGACUCCAAGAACAACCAUCAAUUGCUUGGGUCCAACGAUCAUGCGAAGAUCAAAGUCGUCAUGAUCGCGGCUACUUGGUGGAGCAGCCAUGGGGAUCAGCUAUGUGGAGAGAUGACAAUGAGUCACCACUGCGACUUGACAAGAUCCCAGAGAACAGAUCGAAACAGAGAUGUGACCAAUGCAUGCACGACCUCAGAGAUGAGAAGGACAUAUUCAUCCAGAAGGCCACGGGCUUUGGUGCUAACUUCAAGCUGGUCAAGACGGCAUUACGAUGUUCUGGACAUCGCGGGAAAACCCACUCACAUCUUCAAGGACAAGCACCCAAUGGGCUAUCCCGAACAGCAAUGACAGCCGUCUACCCAAAGACCAUGUGCCAACGGAUGAAACAGGACAUCAUCAGCUUCCUCCAGAAGAAGAACCUUCUCAAGACCAAGCUCUGGGCACAAGAUCUAUGCUGGUUCACAUCUCCAAGCUUCUACGAAUGUGUGCGAUGCACACUUGGGCGAGCAUGCCCCAAGGACAUUGAGCACUCAAUGAUUCCUGGACAAUGUCGACAUGGCAAAUAUGCAGCUGGCACCAAUCCACGACUUCAGAAGCUUGAGGACAAGGACCCCAUGAAGCGAUGGAAAGACAGUGCCAACAAGGAGUCCUACGAGCAAGUCAUCGUGGACAACAACACUGGCCAAGAACUCACUGUCUCGGCAUCCCACUACAUCAAAAGAUUGCUGAUGGAGACGGUGCACAAUGCUCUUGGACUCUUUGGUGAGAUCUUCCAGGAGCACAUGCAGGUGAAGGCCGCCAAAGUGGAACUACGGCCGUUCAACAAGACUCCAUCAAAUCCAAGAGUGGCAUCAUCAACCGCCUACCUGAGAAUCCACAUCACGGGCCAUGUGAAGCACUGGACCAUACAACCCGUCGAAGACAUGCGGGAGAUGAGUGUCAACCAGAUCAACGAAGCCAUUGAUGAAGAGAACUGGAUGGUAACGAUCUAUGGGCAAGAAAUUGGAGCAGGUUUGUUCAUUGGCGACAAGAUGGGCUAA